AUGGCAAUGAACUUGUCAAGCAUCACCCUGCGACCGUUCAAGUUGAGCGACGUAGAUGAUUUCAUGUUAGUAGCAGGUGAUGAUAGAGUGAAUUGUUAUACACGAAGGGACACUUUUGUUUCCAGGGAACAAGCUUUGACUUUCAUCCGAGAUGUGUGCAUGCCUCAUCCGUGGACUCGAUCCAUAAGCGUUGAAGACAAAACCAUUGGAUAUGUAUCCGUUACUGUUGGGUCAGAUGAGGCAAAGUGUAGGGCUGAAAUAGGGUAUGCUAUAGCUGCCAAGUACUGGGGUCAAGGGUUUGGCACCAAAGCAUUGAAGAUGGCUGUGUCACAAGUUUUCAAGGACUUCCCUCAUUUGGUAAGAAUAGAAGCUUUUGUUGUUCCACAGAACAAAGCGUCCCAAAGGGUAUUGGAAAAGGUAGGAUUCCUUAAGGAAGGGGUACUCAGAAAGUAUGCUUAUGUCAAGGGGAGUGUUAAGGACGUGGUUGUUUUUAGUCUUGUGUUAGAGGAUACUCAUCUCCAAACUAAAUUAGAGAUUUGA